GAGAAUCUCGACCGCGGAAGAGGCAGAAAGAUAAAACUAAAGAAAAAAUUACUGUAAAUAGUUAAUAGUUCUUGAAAGCAAGAGCAGAAGAAGAAGAAGCCGCCUUAGCUGCAGCUUCUUCAAGCUUUCGAACUGUACUUUGUGAGCAAAUUUUAAUUGCAUGGAUUCUUCUUUAGUUUUCUCUUUGGAACUGAAACUCCACCAUCACUCUUUGCCUUUCCCAACCCAUUUCCAAAGACGUCCGUUUCUCACUUCAUCCAACUUCCACUUAGCGGCGGCCAAGAAACCACCCAGGAAAGUUCACUGUGAAUUCGAACCCAAAGUUAAUGGUGCUCUCUCACCGGACCCUGAUUCCCGUUUCCUCGACCGGCAAAAAGCAUUGGAGGCUGCAAUGAAUGAUAUAAAUAGUUCAUUUGGAAAAGGAAGUGUUACAAGAUUGGGGAGUGCUGGUGGAGCAUUGGUUGAAACUUUUCCAAGUGGUUGUUUGACGCUAGAUUUAGCCUUAGGUGGUGGCCUUCCCAAAGGAAGAAUUGUGGAGGUAUAUGGACCAGAAAGUAGUGGAAAAACUACCCUAGCACUCCAUGCCAUUGCUGAAGUGCAGAAGCUUGGUGGCAACGCGAUGCUUGUUGAUGCAGAGCAUGCUUUUGAUCCAGCAUAUUCAAAAGCAUUGGGAGUAGAUGUCGAGAAUUUGAUUGUGUGCCAGCCGGAUAAUGGGGAAAUGGCAUUAGAAAUUGCGGAUCGUAUGUGCAGGUCUGGUGCUGUAGAUUUAAUUUGUGUUGAUUCAGUAUCAGCUCUCACUCCACGGGCAGAGAUUGAAGGUGAGAUCGGGAUGCAGCAAAUGGGAUUGCAAGCACGUCUUAUGAGUCAGGCUUUACGUAAGAUGUCAGGAAAUGCUUCUAAAGCUGGUUGUACUCUAAUUUUUCUUAAUCAAAUAAGAUAUAAGAUUGGAGUAUAUUAUGGGAACCCAGAAGUGACUAGUGGAGGAAUUGCAUUAAAGUUCUUUGCCUCAGUUCGUCUUGAAAUACGUUCUACUGGGAAGAUAAAGUCUGUUAAAGGUGAUGAGGACAUUGGGCUUCGUGUUCGUGUAAGAGUGCAGAAGAGUAAGGUCUCAAGGCCAUACAAGCAAGCAGAAUUUGAAAUCAUAUUCGGAGAGGGAGUAAGCAAAUUGGGAUGCAUUUUAGAUUGUGCUGAAAUGAUGGAUGUUGUCACAAAGAAGGGCUCUUGGUACAGCUAUGGGGACCAUAGGCUGGGGCAAGGCAGAGAUAGAGCACUACAAUACUUGAGAGACAACCCUAUUCUACGUGACGAAAUCGAGAAGAUAGCUCGGUCUAUGAUUGCGGAUGGAACCGAACAUUUGAGCUCAACUCAUGUGAAGAGCUUGUCAUUUCCUCCCCAAGAUGAAGAUAUUUAUGAGGAGGUAUGAUGAGAUUGAACUAACUGGUCUUUACCACAAGGCCUUGGCAAUCAACUGCAGAGGUACUCGGAAUUUUGUUUCGCCAUUGUGCAUUGGGCCCGAAACAGAGAGUUUUCAUGCCUUUCAGAAGAAGGUAUGUGUGUAUUCUGAUUAUGAAUUGGCGAGACAGUAACUUUUUGAUUUGGUUUUAAUAUGUUGUUUAACCUUAUUAACAUUACCAAAUUAAUUUUUGCAAAGGCAAAACAUUCAACAUGUCUACAUAUAGACAUGCAAAA